CUAUGGAACCUCUCUGCACUUUACAAACUACCGAAGAUCUCCGGAAUAUCGGGAACAUUAAAUAGAAGACUACGAGACGUCACCAGAGUAUCAAUGUCAUUAACGAGAAGUUAGGCUUGAGCGAGUCUGGGAAGGCUGCUAAUAAGCAUAGCUAUCCGAAUGUUCAUAACUUUCUUGUGGACAUUAAAAAGCUCAUCACUAAAAAUCUCGCCAAACACGACUCACUAGUGUCGAUGCAAGACGGCGUCGAGAAUCUUUGCAACGAACACGGCUGGAAAGUGUGGCCUGACGACAAUGUUACAAGCCAAAGCUACUUGGACGUCAAUCAGGAGAAGUACCCAAAACUCCAAUGGUCUAAUUUAGACCAUCAAUUAAGAAUUAAAGAGCUAGUGCAUGACUUGGUCAUUGCUAGGAGAAAUUAUUACCAGCAAAACGAAAAGCAACGAUUGAGAAAGAGAGAAAGAACUUUCAACUUGCCAAUCGAAAAUUCCGGUGUACCAUGCACCGCACUCAACCUCCUCCAACCGGAUGGCGAAGGCAGACCCAGUUUGCCCCCAGGGGCUGCCAAUGAGAACAACUGCGCAGCCCCAGUGGCACCGAUGUACAACACAUUGCAUUACGAUCCUAUUCGCCACCGAAAAGUGCCCCCAGCCACCUCGACGAACGGCCUAAAGCGUAAAGCGGAUGGCCCACACGAGGACGGCUCCCGGAGAGCACAAAUUAACACAGCCGGAAAGCCCGAAAAGGUUCGGCUACGUUUUAACUUAUAUGGAGAAAGCCAUGUCUCGACACUCGCCGAAUGCAACGCUAUAAAGGAGUUGUUCGACGAGGUCGACCGCGAGUGUGACGAAUACGGUGUGGUUAUCCCAAGCCGAUUAAAAUUUUAUGUCCGGGAUGAUUCGAAUCCAAAGGUCUUUGCGCAGAUAGUCCGGCGAGGACGAAACCUGGACUUCGAAGCGGUAUAUGAGGCGAUCAUGUCACAAGGGAACCUUGAAGACGUGAUAGUCGAUGCCAUCCCACCAGCUAACUUUUAA